CUGUCUUCAAGAGUUCGGGAGGUUGGAGCGAUUACCGGAAAGUGGGAGACAGAAAUAAAAAUUAACCACGAUGGCGAAGUUAACCGCGCUCGAUACAUGCCACAGAAUCCAGUCAUAAUUGCAACCAAGUCUCCCAAGGCUGAGGUUUUCGUUUUCGACUACACUAAACACUCAUCUGUUCCAAAAGAUAACCAGUGUAAGCCUCAAUUACGGCUCCGUGGACAUACGAAGGAAGGUUAUGGUCUUUCGUGGAAUCCUAACAAGCAAGGACACAUUCUAUCUGCUUCUGAUGACAUGACCGUAUGUCUAUGGGAUGUCCAAGCAAACGAGAUUAGCGCUGGGUACUUGGAUGCAAAAAAGACUAUUUUCAAGGGGCAUACACAGGUUCUUUGCGUUAAGGUCGUCGAAGAUGUUGCAUGGCAUGUGCUACAUGAAGCAGUAUUUGGUUCUGUUGGUGACGAUCACAAAUUGAUGAUUUGGGAUAUCCGAGGAAAUCAGCCUGCAGCCAUCAUCAAAUUAUUUCUUGCAACUGGAAGUGCUGAUAAGACUGUGGCCCUUUGGGACCUUCGAAAUAUGAAGCUGAAGCUGCACUCGUUUGAGUCACACCUCCAGAUAGAUUUUUCCAAGAGACUUCACGUGUGGGACUUGUCCAAAAUUGGAGAGGAACAGAAUCCUGAAGAUGCUGAGGAUGGACCACCGGAGUUGCUGUUCAUUCAUGGAGGUCACACAGCGAAGAUUAGCGAUUUUUCAUGGAAUCCUAAUGAGCCUUGGGUUGUGUGCAGCGUCUCAGAAGAUAACAUCAUGCAGGUAUGGCAAAUGGCAGACAAUAUUUACAACGAAGGCGAAGAAGAAACACCCGCU